UCCUCCCAUCAUUCCGGGUUGCAUUGGCUAUCAGGCGAUUCCAGAAAACAUCUCGAGGUCGCAUACUCUAGAAUAGCGACAAUGCAGGCAAAUCAAUACCCACAGCCUGCCUACGGAGGCGGGCAGCAGCCAUACAAUGCCUCUGCGCCGCCGCCAAACUACGGCCAGAAUUAUGGCAACAAUGCCGACUAUUACAAUGGCAACAACACAGAGUUCAACAACAAUCCUAACAAUAAUGCCGCGCCGCCUCAGAACUAUGGAGCACCUCCUCAGAAUUAUGGAGCGCCUCCUCAGCCGAACGCCGACGGGAAGCAGGACUUCUCACAGGCCUUCCAGAUCGCGAAGCCGCGAUUCAAUGACCUCUGGGCCGGUAUCCUUCUCAUACUCACAUUCCUGGGCUUCACGGCCGUUAGCAUCUACUGCAUCACGGGCUAUGGCCGCGGACAGGCGUCGACCUCGCGCGACACCUUCGGCAACAACAGUCGCUUUGGUUUGACCCGAAACACGAUCGGUCUGUUUGGCUACACCUUGGUGGUCGCCGUGGUCCUCAGUGCCAUCUACUUCGCCGUCGCGCGCAUGUUCACCAAGCAAGUGAUCUGGAUCUCCGGAAUUCUCAACAUCCUCGCCGCGUUGGCGUCGGCUGGCUAUCUCUUCUAUGCCAGAGCCUGGGCAGCUGCGGUGAUCGCGCUCCUCAUCGCCAUUUUCACCAUCAUCUGCUUCAUCAGCUGGAUUCCCAGGAUUCCCUUCAGUGUGCUCAUGUUCCAGACCGUGGUCGAUGUGUCGAAGCGCUACCGCUCUGUGUACAUUGUGUCUGCGCUCGGAGGCAUUGUCAUGGCUCUGUACGGCGCCUGGUUUGCGGCAACGCUCAUGGCCGUCUACGCCCGCUUCGAGCCGAGCAACCCCGGUGGGAGGAGCGGACCGAACGAGAACCGUGGCUAUGGCGCCAUUGCUGGUCUCUUUGUCUUUGUAACUUUCGCCGGCUACUGGAUCUCGGAGUGGUUGAAGAACACCAUCCACGUCACCAUCUCUGGCGUUUACGGCAGCUGGUACUUCAAUCCUGAGAACCCUCCUAAGGGAGCCGCUCGUGGCGCUGCUCGGCGUGCUCUCACCUACAGCUUCGGUUCCAUCGCCAUGGGUAGUCUUGUCAUUGCCAUUCUUGAUUUCCUCCGUCUGCUCUGCUCCAUCGCCCGCCAGAAUGAAGGUGGCAGUGGUAACUUUGCUGCCGACUGUGCGCUGUGCAUUCUUGGCUGUAUCCUCAGCUUGAUUCAGUGGGCUGCGGAGUUCAUCAACCGCUAUGCCUUCAGCUACAUGGCGUUGUACGGAGAUGCCUACAUCGCCUCGGCUAAGCAGACUUGGAAGCUCAUCAAAGACCGUGGUAUCGAUGCUUUGAUCAACGAGUGCCUCAUCAACCCUGUCUUGUCUCUGGGCUCUACUUUCGUUGGUGUCUGCUCGGCUUUCUUCGCUUACCUUUACUUGGCCUAUACCAAUCCGGCGUACAACACCAACGGCGGGUUCACAGCCGUCAUUCUUCUCUACGCUUUCCUCAUCGGCACGCAAGUAUGCGCUUGUGUCAUCGUGCCACUAACUAGCGGAAUCGACACCUUCUUUGUGGCUGCUUCGUGGGAUCCGGAGACGUUGAUGAGGAAGCACGGAGAUCUGUACGGACGCAUGGUGCAAGUAUACCCGCACGUCCAACAAGCUAUCCACGCUUGAAAGAGCAUUUCUGUCGCCUUUUGUGACGUGCAGUCAUUCUGACCCGUCGUUUGAAAUGCAUCCGCAUCCUCGGAAAGAACAUCGCCCUGCAGUCGUUAUCGAUGGACGUAAUCGGGAUGUCUGUCAAAGAAAACCCCAUAUCGAAAAGUAACGAGCUGCUCUGAAAGUGUUUUGAGCUCGAGUCUUAAUAGUAAUUCAUAGUGCAAUCCAAUCAUCAUUGAUCGAAAUGUGGUUCAUGACGAACGGCGCCAUGAUCGGCAAACUGCGAUCGUCGGGUAGUGAGUUAAUGAGAUCUGGUGGCACUGCACGUGUUUGUGGGUCGAUCUCAGAUCUCCACAUGCCCAGCACAUCAUGCCACAACAUGCCAU